CCGUGGUGUCACCAUGUGAGUAAUGCAGAAGUUAGGUGUAGAGUUUUAGGGAGAAGAGGUAAGUCAGUCGACGAGGUUGUGAACCUUCAUCGACUGAGAUGGUUGGGACACGUACUACGUAUGCCUAGUCACCGAUUGCCUCGUCACACAAUGUUGGCUGAGGUGGGUUCAGGCUGGAAAAAGGCCCGAGGUGGCCAGACUAAAACAUGGCACCAAUGUAUGAAGUCUCUGACUGUUGGUUUAAGCCAUGUAGGACGAUGCAGACUAGGUGGUUGGGGUCCACGGGACAAGAGGAACCAGUGGUUGGAGACCCUAGGUGAUAUGGCUCAGAACCGAAGUCAGUGGCGCAGAUGUAUACACACAUUAUCCUCAUCUUAACAACGCUAUACCGAAUCUCACUAUUUUGUCACUCCUCUUUCCUUUCUUCUCAUACUUUAUAUUUCUUUUGACUGCAUUCACUUAUCUUCAUCCUUCACCUCACUACCUUUUUACUUGAUGUGCUGAUAUGAGGUGUGGCAACUCGGACCGUUACGCAGUAAUGCCUGGUCCUAUGUUGAUAAUGAUGAUGAUGAUGAUGACUCGAUAAAUGACACUGAACGAAGAUUCUGGUCUAGCUUUAUGUCCAGAGUUGACUAAAUGUUCAAGAAUUGAACUGUUAAUUGAUUUACAUUCUCCCUUCGAUAACCAUGCAGGACAGUGCUAACAGAUAUGUUUGGAAAGUGUGAGCUUUGUGCGGCCUAUAUAAGUAGCUCCAUAGGAUGAAGUUAAUUUGUAAACAUACACUUUAAGGUGAACCAAAGCUGCAACUUGUCCUUAACGCACUCCAGAACCAGUUGCCGACUAGAAAAGCUGAUCUCUAGCUUCAUAGAGAAGAAUAUCUUCAGCGAUCUGGACAACCGAUUCUUCAAGAUCUCUGGUGCCGUAUCACCUGUGAAAUCAACGUUAAUAAACAAGGUGUUUUUUUGGAACUAUGAGUACUUGCCCCGUAUUCUGUUUUAAUUUCAAUUUCUUCUCAAUAGAUCUGGAUGGGUAUCUAUUUACAACUAUCUAUCAAUUGGACACUUAACCAUUUCGUAUUUCUUAUCUGGUCAAACUCCUUGACUUCUUCAUUAUUUCCAUUGUUUGAAAGAUUAUUAUGCAACUCACUUUCUAUUUCUGAUUUUGGUUUCUGUUAGCACUCGCUUAAUGAUUCAAUUAUACCCUAUUGUUUAAUAAUAGACUGUUAUAUGUUUAUGAUGUACACAUAAAUACGAUUGUACAGUUUUCGGAGAUGAUAUCAUCGAAAAAGAUUUACAAGUGUUUCUUAAACAAACAUUUUUCGAUGUUCUCCAAUUCACCUAAUUUAAUCAUUUGCGUAGAGAAAGUGAUCGAAUAGCCUAGUUAUUUAUUCUGGCCAAUAAGUUCAAAAUUCAGGAUAUCCGAAUGAUGAAUGGUUAAAUUAGUAAAAACACUGAAAAAAAAAUUAUCUGUUUUAAUUUAAUCAAAGAAAAUCUGUCUUGUUUCUUUUCUAUUGACACUGAACUGUUUUCAAUUUCCUUACAUUAUUCAUAUAUAUUUUUUUUAAUUUUAGCCUCUAACAAAACCGUUAGCCUCUCCAACAACACUUUUACCUCGUUCCAUUGUAGUUUGUCAAUCGAUUACAGAUAAAACAGAUUUGACCUGUUUGAAUAUUACAAAUUCGACUACUACUACUACUGAUACGAGUGUACGACAGUUAAAUAAUCGGAAACCAGAAUGUCGACUAAUUGCUGCUUCACUUGACAAUCUAUCGGAUAAACAAUUGACAACAUUGAAUAAUAAUAAACGAUGUCGUAGUGGUCCAGCUACUACUAUUACACAAUCGAUUUCACCACCAGUAAACAACUCAUAUAAUAUAUUAUCACUUGGUAGUGGUAACAAGAGAACACGACAUGCUUCUCAGUUUGAAGAGCUGACUAGUAGUCGAAAAAUCUCUGGAACAUUGGAUUAUAAGCCUAAUUCUGAUAUUAUACCCAGUCCACCAUUCACUUCAUUAACACAACUUCUUAUGCAAGAUUUCCCAUCUAUUACAGAUAUCAUCUCCAAUUCACCUACUCCAAUCGAUCACCCUCCAAAGUAUACUACUGCAUAUGAACAAAAUAAUAAUGUUAAUAAAUCAAUGAAAUCAGUGUUGAAUGAAACAAAUUAUGAUAUACUGACAUCCAAUUCAACCUUAUCAGUUGAUAAAGAAAAGGUGAUCAAUGUGAAUAAUUUGCACAACAACAACAACAACAACAAGUCGUUUCUUCCUCAAAUUCAUCCACUUAAUGUGUCCAAUGAAAAAUAUCCAAGUAACCAAAAUGUUCACAUGAGUUCAAAUUGUGCUACUACUACGACUGCUGCUGCUACUACUACUACUACUAGUAUUACUACUGCUACUUCUUCUUCUUCUACUACUAUUACUACUUCUUCUGGUAAACAUAUACCACUCUCAGAUCGUAAUAACAUGGAAGUAUCGUCGAUCUUAUCUUCAUGGUCUACAUCAGUUCCAUCUACUGUAAAAUCUAGCAUUGAAAGUAAAGAUACAUUUCCCGUACGAGGAACUAAGGCAAGUAAUAUAAAUUCUGGAGGUUCAGUUCCUGUACAAUCCAGUUUGUGUCGAUUGUUAUUAGAUGCUCAAUUGGAACCAGAGGAAAUAUCUGAUGCUGUAGCAAAUGCUCAAGUCUCAGAAAUAUCAUAUUGUCAUAGCACUGAAUCCAAAGAACAAAGAUUUGGUACAUCUUUGAAGGAUGAUAUGCGAUUUACUUCAUUUGCGGAUAGUAGUCAUUCAUGUGAUGAACAGCUGCGGAUUAGUGGAUCAACUAUCAAUACGUCUAGUUGUCAAUCAGUAACACCAUAUUCUAUAGCUCCAGUUGAAUGGAAUGAUGAUGAUCUGCAACAAUUAAUACAUGAGGCUACAGUUAACUCUGAUGAUAAGGUGUUAGAAAAAAAUCCAUGUACCUCUUCACCAUCAUCAUUACUCCUAUUACCACCGAAGCGACAUCCUUCUGCUUCAUCAAAGGAGAUUGCUGAAGAGGUGGAAAUUUUAUGUGAAAUACUACGACGUGAUGAGUUGGAACGAAAUCAUCCAAAACCAGAAUCAUCUUAUAAUCCAUGUGAUACAACUAAUUCUACUUCAUAUAUAAGUGAAUCACCUUGUUCUAAACGAUCUCGAUUCUCCUCAUCUACUUCAAUCUCUGAACAUCAAACUCUAGAUGGUGAUAAUGUAAUUAAUGAUGGUGAAUUGACUUAUCGAAAUGAAGUUAAUUGGCAGAAUGAUGCUAAGGCUGUAGCACGUAUCUGUGAACAACUUCAACAAGGCUUAGUUUCUGACAAAUCUACAUACACAACAUUGAAUACUACAACAGAUUUUUCUAGCUAUUCUAUCAUUUCGAAUAACAAUACUUCUACAUCAUGCAAUAAUCUACUGGAGUGUUCUAUUUCACGAAAUGAUGAAAAGAUAAUAUCGAAGCAUUCACCUCUUGAUAAUAACUCAGCGUUGGUCACUACUCGAACUAUAUGGUCAGGUUAUUCACCGCAGCCAAGUAAUACUGUUCAGCGUAAUGCUGUUGGUGGUAGUUCUGCUAGUAUUAAUAAAGCGGCUGUAGCUGCUGCUUUAGCUAGUCAACAGGCUGCAGCAAGUCAAAGAAACCAAUUGAUGAAUCAACGUCUUUUAGCUGAACAACGUAAACGCCUUAUUCAACACCAACUGUAUAAUCAAGUUGCUGUCUAUUCAUUAAAUUCAAGACAACAUAUUCCCACUUAUGAAUAUUGUAAUCCAGAUACGGUUACUGCUGUUGAUACCAGUCAUCAAGGAAACCCGUUCAUAAUCAAUGAAAGUAUGAUGGAUGGAGGAGAAGGAGGAGGAGGAGUGGAAAUGUUGUUGCAUAGCAACACUAUAACAGCAACAACUACAACUUGUUCAACUCCUCAUCCUCUCUUACAUAUUAUCCCUAGUAAAUCACUUAGAAAGAAAACAUUAUGUUCAAAUGGAAUACAGAAUAAUAAUUUAAAUAUUUUGAACUUGAAUGCUACCACAGUUCAUUCCUCUAACUCUGCUUCAAUUAGUACAACAUCAAAAUUAACCGGUUUUUAUCCUCCUCAUCAACAUCAUAAUCAUCGUCCAGAAGAUUUAUCAAAAUUUUUAAAAGAAGUUGGUCCAAAUGUUCGAGUACAACUUUCAUGUACAAUUCCGACAAGUGAUAGACAACAAUCGAAUUAUAUGAACAAAAUACCCCAUGUCUAUCCAACAUCGAACAACAGCAUUACUACGACGAAAAUGAAACAAUCAUCCAAACAACUGACAACUACAUCAAUCUUUCCCAAUUCUCAGAUGUUUAUACAAUCAGGUAAUCCUACGAACAAGAUACAUUUCCCGGUAGCAACAGUCUAUUCCAAUCCUUCAACACUAAUUGUAGCGACAACAUCUUCUGUAUCAUCUGUGAACAACUCCAGUCGUCUAGUUAAGGCUGAACUACGUCAAGCAUUGGUCGGUCGCCAGGUUAUUUAUCAAAACAACAACAAUAAUCCUGGAGAUAAUCAUCGGGGAUUUCACUGCUCUCAGGUAUCUAGGCAAUUCUCUGAUCCUAUCCCAAUGAAUAUCUAUGAGGCUUACUCUUCAACUGAGGGAGGAGUUGAUCACUUUUCCACUUCAUCAUUAUCAUCACUGCCUUGUACUUCUCGAAUAUCUUCUAAUCAUCAGGCAGUGCAUAAUCCUCACAUCACCUAUUCCUUGUGUCCUGCUCAAAAUUCAAACAGUUCUGUCAAUUGUCAACAAUGGUCACCUACUACAUCUCAGUCAAUUUCCGUUCAUCAGGUUCCCUUGAAUUCAGAUAACAUGUCUUCGUUAAGUAGUAAUAAUGCUUAUCCUCCUCAAUCAGUUCACCUUGUCCAUGGUGGUGGUAGCGGUUAUCAUUCUCAGGGUUUUUCUAGCUCUAAUGAAAUUGAAAAGAAAAACAAAACUGAUACAUAUGAUUUUCUCAACCACAAUAAUUCAUCAUUAUGCUUUAAUACACUGAAUCAUUCAAAUAUUUAUCGGCUUACACCUUCUAGUUUAUCACCAAUCAGUGUAUCAGCCAAUACUUCACCAUCUUCUAGUACUACAUCUCAAACAGGUCUGUUGAAAUCACCAAUUUGUCAGUCAACAGAAUUUGCAUAUACCUCCUGUGAAUCCUCUCUGAUGACUGUUAAUCCUAAUAAUUAUCCUUAUGAGGUAAUGCUUCACUGGAAUGUCAUCCAAGCUGUUUGACUAUGAUCAAUGGAGGUGUAUCAGAUAACUCCGCUUCUUCAGCUCUACACAAUUAUGUUACUACUACCACUACUAUUAGUAAUAAUAAUAAUCCCCUAACAGGUUCACGGAGUUUUACUACCCUAUCCUCAUCAGUAAUACCUCACGAGGAUAAUACUGUUCAUCUGGAAUCAAUGUUACAGUUGGAUUUUAGACAACAGCAACAACAAGAAGAGAAUUUAUUACCAGAUGAUCUUAUCAACGAUGUAUUUGAUCUUGAAAAUAUGAUUGCAACUAAGCAUCAUCAUCAUCAGCAAUCGGAACAGCAUUAUCAUGAAAGCUUAACGUCAAAUGAAUUGAACUUUUUAACAAAUCCACCACUCCAUCCUCCUCAAAUGACGACGAUGACUGCAAUGACUUGCAAUUUGAAAGCCUUAUCAUCAUCAUCAUCAUCUCCUUCUUCAAUAUCUAAUUCUAUAACAAAUCAGUGUAUUGUAACAAGAUAAUGCCUG